CCUAAUUCGUCUUUCAACAUGUGGUGCUAUACUGGAAUUUCUUGUUCCUGAGGACUGCAGAAUCGGCGGCAUAAGCACAUAAUAUCUGAAAACAAUGGCUUGUCAACAUAAAGAACCAAGUUAUCACCUGCCAGAACUGAGGAUUGUACUGAUUGGAGGAAAAAGCAUACGCGGUGAAUUGAGUCAUAAGAGUGCAACUGGCAAUGCAAUUUUAGGUAAGAAGGUUUUUGAGACUAAAAGAAGAACUGCGCAGAGUGAGGUGAACCAGCAGGACGUUCACGGCAGACGAGUCACUGUGGUUGAUACACCAGCCUGGUGGUGGCACUAUCCACUAGAAAACACCUCAAAGCUGGAUCAAAUAGAAAUCAAGAACAGUGUCCAUCUGUGUCCACCAGGGCCUCAUGCCUUUCUUCUUGUCAUUCCUGUUGGUUUAAUCUUUUGUGACAUCUUCAAACCAUCACUAGAAGAGCACCUGAAGCUUUUCGACAAAGGAGUUUUCGAUCACACCAUCGUCCUGUUUAGUACAGAUGCUCCAUGUAGUGAUCAGAGUUUACAAUAUGAAAUCAACACAUGGCCAGCUCUUCGGUGGAUUCUGCAGCAAUGUGGCAACCGAAAACAUGUUUUCAAUAUCUCAAACAGUCAAGACAGAUCUCAGGUUAUAGCACUGUUUGAGAAGAUAGAGGCAAUGAAUGCAAAAAAUGCUGGAAAUUUCUAUUCGACUGACGCUGUUACUGGGAAAGCUGUGAAAGACCAACUGGAAGCAAUAAGUGAAAAAGCAGCAAAGAGGUUUGCAGAAGUGCAGUAUCAAAGAAGGAAACUCAGAGCAUCAAUUGAUGGUGGUAAAACUCCCCCUGCACACUUAAGACUAGUCAUGGUUGGUGCACAAUGGUCAGCCAAGAGCUCAGCAGGCAACAUCAUUCUGAAGAAAGAUGCAUUCAGUGUCUAUCACCGCAGAACAACUGAGUACUGUGAAAUUGGCCACAGCGUAGUGGCCCACAGGCAUCUCACAGUGGUAGACUCCCCUGGCUGGUUCUACAACCACACUCUACAGGACACGUGUGAGAUGGAUAAAUCUGAAAUAAAGAGAAGUAUGUAUCUGUGUCCCCCGGGGCCUCAUGCAAUACUCCUUGUAGUUGGUUUGUCAUCUGCAUUCAAUGCUUCCUACCAGAGAGCAGUCCAGGAACACAUGAGCAUGUUCUCAGAAGAAGUGUGGAAUCACACUAUCGUUCUGUUCACCAGAGGCGAUUGGCUGGGAACAAAAACCAUGGAAGAGCGAAUAGAGAGUGAAAAAGGUCUUCUGUGGCUGGUUGAGAGGAGUGGAAAUAGGUAUCAUGUCCUAAACAACACAAACAACAGAGAUGAGAAACAGGUAACGGAGCUCUUGGAGAAGAUUGAAGAGAUGUGGGCAGGAAACAGAGAACCUCAUUUCAGAGUCGACAUGGGGCAGGCACAACAGAUAGAGGCAAAGAAGGAGGCAGAACAAAAGAUGGCUAAGAAAAUUAUGCAAAUGACCCAAAGACAAUCAAGAAUGCUAAAGGAGUUGUUUGGAGGAGACGAGAGGCCGCGGCUAACGCACCUGAGGAUGGUACUCAUUGGAAGAAAAGAAUCAGGAAAGAGUAUGGCUGGGAACCGAAUACUUUUUGAAGAUGUAUUUGGGCCAAACUGGAUGAAAAAAGAAUUUCUAGAUCAGACAGGAAUCUCAACUGCCGUCAAACAUCAUAAUGAUAUUGGUGGACUAAAUAUCACCGUUGUUGAGGCACCAGGCUGGGAUAAGAACAUGAUAGAAACUGGCUGGCUGAAAAGUGAAGUUCUACACAGCGUCUCCAUGUGUGCUCCAGGCCCCCAUGCUUUUCUACUGGUUGUCCCCAUUUCCAAAGCAUUUACAGAGAGGGACCUCACAGCAGUGGAAGAGCUCUUGGAGCCUUUCGGUGAAACAGUCUGGAGACACUGCCUUGUGCUGUUCACUUGGGGAGACUGGCUGAAACAUAGACCUAUUGAGGAGUACAUCGCCGGAGAAGGCAAAGCCCUCCAGCAACUCGUGGAAAAGUGCAGGAAUGAGUAUCAUGUCCUCAACUGUAAUUUUUAUAUUCAUCAAGAAGUCCUUGACCUGUUCCCAAAAAUCUACAGAAUGGUGGCAAAAAACAAAGGCCACUACUCCACCAUGGAAGUCUCAAUGACAAAAAUGCAGAAAGUAGCAAGACAGGCUCUGCUGACAGAGGAGGAGUGGAACAGGAGAGAACAGGAGCUAAUAGAUCACAUGCUAAGAGCUAUAGCACUUGAAAAUGAACCAGUGCCACCACAUGUAAAGAUGGCAGCCAGUCUUGAUGGAGUCUUUGUUCCAAGCAUGAGUGGAGACCUUCCCUCAGAAGCUGGAACCACAUUUUGGAGUCAAAGAGCACAUGCUAAAGUGUCUGAAUGGUUGAACACGUGGGCUAGACCCUCUGAGGUUACCUCUGGGGUGGACAGCAUGAGUGCCUCAGUCAGUUGUGUGGAGAAUGUGGAUGAGAGCUCUCUGCCAGAUGACAAUCAACAACAGAAGAGGCGUAUUUUCCCAGAAAAAGUCCAGACUACCAUUGAUAAUGCCACAGUCUCCACAAACACUGGACACACAAAACGCAGGUAUUCCUGCUGACUGAGCAGGAGAUGCUGCUGGUAUACUGAUGGAAACCCCUGACUGAAGAUGGACCCUCUCUUGGUAGAUCCAUAUUCGUUAAUUGCUUUUGAUGUGUCACAUGAUUUUCACCCCUCGGCCAACUUCUGGCCAAAUGGGUAUUGUCAUUGUUUUGUCGUCUGUCCGUCUGUCUGUCCAUUCAACGACAUAAUUACUCUAACAAAUGCAACUGAAG